AUGUCAGCGGUGCGGAUCAGCUCCUCGCUACUGAGGUCCAGGGCUCCUCACCUCGGACAGCUCAGUGUGUUCUCUAGAAGGGCUUUGUUACAACCUCUACAGGUGGUCUCCUCUCUACAGAAGACAUGGACACCUGGGAACCCAACCAGGCUCUGGUGCUGUCGGUAGGUUUACUCUCUUGUCAUUGUCAUACAUAAACAGACUAGUUCGAUUAUUUCUCUGUCCUGACCUUUGCAAGUUGUUUCCUUUCUAAAGACUACCUCUGACCUUUGACAUAGAUUGUAGAUUACAUUUAGUCAUUCAGACCUAUGGAGCACACCACUAGUUGAGGUCAAUUCCAUUUCAAUUUAGUCAAUUAUAGUUGCAAUGAUCGCUAUGAUCUGUCAACUGUAGAGUAUGGUCCUGAUGGCCUGUAUGUGACUUGACUAGUAUUCAGACUGAGGGUAAUGUCUUUCAAUGCCUGCUGAGCCCUGCUCAAGUCACUGCAUACUAUAGAAACAAUGCUUGUGAGAUUUCCUUUUCAGAAACAUGUUUUUAAAAUAUGUUUUUACUUGGAUUGUCCAACUCAGUUUCUGCUUUGUCUUGGCUGUAAGGAACGGGGCUCAGCGUGGUUGUUUUUCACAUAACCAUUAUCUCUGGUUUCCCCUCUGAAAGACGUCCCGUGACCUGUGACCUGAUAGGAGAAUAGGGAGUGAGUGAGGGGAAACAUAUUUGUGCCGUUUCCCAACGGCUCCCAAGAGAACAGUGAAGAGGAGUCCACUAUGAAACCACAGUCAGAGAACACUACAAUAGGUUGGGUCUAAGAUGAAGGGGGAUUUCAAUCAGAACCUUCCUGUGUUUCAAAAGAGACCGCUGUCAUUGAUAAAGAACACCGUCACAGUCAACUCUACUGUCUGUAAACCAAACCCAUCCCUCUGUUUCUACUCCCUCUCUCUGUACCAACCCAUCCCUCUGUUUCUACUCCCUCUCUCUGUACCAACCCAUCCCUCUGUGUAUCUCUCUCUGAAAAAAGUAUUUGAUCCCUUGCUGAUUUUGUACGUUUGCCCACUGACAAAGAAAUGAUCAGUCUAUAAUUUUAAUGGAAGGUUUAUUUGAACAGUGAGAGACAGAAUAACAACAAAAAAAUCCAGAAAAAACGCAUGUCAAAAAUGUUAUAAAUUGAUUUGCAUUUUAAUGAGGGAAAUAAGUAUUUGACCCCCUCUCAAUCAGAAAGAUUUAUGGCUCCCAGGUGUCUUUUAUACAGGUAACGAGCUAAGAUUAGGAGCACACUCUUAAAGGGAGUGCUCCUAAUCUCAGCUUGUUACCUGUAUAAAAGACACCUGUCCACAGAAGCAAUCAAUCAAUCAGAUUCCAAACUCUCCACCAUGGCCAAGACCAAAGAGCUCUCCAAGGAUGUCAGGGACAAGAUUGUACAAGGCUGGAAUGGGCUACAAGACCAUCGCCAAGCAGCUUGGUGAGAAGGUGACAACAGUUGGUGCGAUUAUUCGCAAAUGGAAGAAACACAAAAGAACUGUCAAUCUCCCUCGGCCUGGGGCUCCAUGCAAGUUCUCACCUCGUGGAGUUGCAAUGAUCAUGAGAACGGUGAGGAAUCAGCCCAGAACUACAAGGGAGGAUCUUGUCAUUGAUCUCAAGGCAGCUGGGACCAUAGUCACCAAGAAAACAAUUGGUAACACACUACGCCGUGAAGGACUGAAAUCCUGCAGUGCCUGCAAGGUCCCCCUGCUCAAGAAAGCACAUAUACAGGCCCGUCUGAAGUUUGCCAAUGAACAUCUGAAUGAUUCAGAGGAGAACUGGGUGAAAGUGUUGUGGUCAGAUGAGACCAAAAUCGAGCUCUUUGGCAUCAACUCAACUCGCCGUGUUUGGAGGAGGAGGAAUGCUGCCUAUGACCCCAAGAACACCAUCCCCACCGUCAAACAUGGAGGUGGAAACAUUAUGCUUUGGGGGUGUUUUUCUGCUAAGGGGACAGGACAACUUCACCGCAUCAAAGGGAUGAUGGACGGGGCCAUGUACUGUCAAAUCUUGGGUGAGAACCUCCUUCCCUCAGCCAGGGCAUUGAAAAUGGGUCGUGGAUGGGUAUUCCAGCAUGACAAUGACCCAAAACAAACAGCCAAGGCAACAAAGGAGUGGCUCAAGAAGAAGCACAUUAAGGUCCUGGAGUGGCCUAGCCAGUCUCCAGACCUUAAUCCCAUAGAAAAUCUGAGGAGGGAGCUGAAGGUUCGAGUUGCCAAACGUCAGCCUCGAAACCUUAUUGACUUGGAGAAGAUCUGCAAAGAGGAGUGGGACAAAAUCCCUCCUGAGAUGUGUGCAAACCUGGUGGCCAACUACAAGAAAUGUCUGACCUCUGUGAUUGCCAACAAGGGUUUUGCCACCAAGUACUAAGUCAUGUUUUGCAGAGGGGUCAAAUACUUAUUUCCCUCAUUAAAAUGCAAAUCAAUUUAUAACAUUUUUGACAUGCGUUUUUCUGCAUUGUUUUGUUGUUAUUCUGUCUCUCACUGUUCAAAUAAACCUACCAUUAAAAUUAUAGACUGAUCAUUUCUUUGUCAGUGGGCAAACGUACAAAAUCAGCAGGGGAUCAAAUACUUUUUUCCCUCACUGUACAUAUGUAAAAUACUUGAGCUGAUUCUAAUUGAUUUGGUUGUCUCCCGAGUGGCGCAGUGGUCUAAGGCACUGCAUCGCAGUGCUAGCUGUGCCACUAGAGAUCCUGGUGUUGAUUGUCGUAGCCGGCCGCAACCGGGAGACCAAUGGGGCGGCACACAAUUGGCCCAGUGUCGUCUAGGGUAGGGGAGGGAAUGGCCGGCAGGGAGGUAGCUCAGUUGGUAGAGCAUGGCGUUUGCAACGCCAGGGUUGUGGGUUUGAUUCCCAUGGGGUGCCAGUAUAAAAAAAAUAAAAAUAAUAAUGUAUGCACUAACUGUAAGUCGCUCUGGAUAAGAGCGUCUGCUAAAUGACGUAAAUGUAAAUGUACUGUAGUUGCUCUGUAUAUUGUUUAUCUCUGUCCCUCAACAGAUUCCUCCAUGUGGACAGUCCCCCCCUGGUCCCGGGGCAGAGCUGCAGCUACGUCCAUGGGGCGUCCUCAGUGUCCCUGCUGGGCCAGACGGUUGGGUCAGAGUCUGCAGGCGGCAGCCGACCGCUGGCCCCACAGAGAGGCCCUGGUGUUCCUGCAGGAUGGAGUCCGUAAGACCUUCUCCCAGUUUCAGGAGGACGUAGGUCUUUCAUCCACCCUCUCUUCUAAUCUGUUGCAUCAUAUCUAGAGGCCAUUACUGUUAGGCCAUUACCUCUUGUUCCCACUCAAAGCACACACAGUAGGCCUAUCUGUCAGUGCAUUUGUUUGGUGUUUUACCAAAUAGUAAAACCUGACAUUGUGGAAUUACGUAGCAAGUAUUAUGUGUCAGUAUAUUUUUAGGAAACUAUUGAUUAUCACUGGUGAAACGUCUUAAGUCAGUAUAUUGUUGGGAAACUAUUGAUUACCACUGGUUAAACAUCUAAGCAGAUGUACAGUAACAGGGAGGAAACCGGGUGAAUCUGUCCUGAGGCCUGCCAACUAGGUCAUCCAUGCUGCUGCAACACCCUGAGGCCUGCUAACUAGGUCAUCCAUGAUGAAACAACGCAAACAUAAACAGCUUUGUAACAAUGUAUUACAUUACAUUUAUACACAUACUCAUAAACACAAACUACAGAAUGCCUUUGCAUAUAGGGAUAUCAUCCUAUAUAUUACUACCUGGGUCAUGGUCUCCCUCCUCCCCCAGGUUGACCAGGCCGCUGCAGGUCUCCUGGCCCUGGGUCUGAAGAGAGGGGACAGACUAGGAGUCUGGGGGCCCAACACAUACCACUGGAUCCUGUUUCAGUUCGCCACAGCCAAGGCUGGCAUCAUACUGGUGAAGAUGAUCUAUUAAAUUAGAUUCUAAAAUGAAUAUGUAUUAUCUGUUAGGAUCUAUUGUUCCUAAUAUUAAAGCAUUGUUAUUAUCUCUACAGGUGUCAAUAAACCCAGCCUAUCAGCUGAAGGAGCUGGAGUACACCCUGAGGAAGGUAUGUUCAAAUCAAAUUGUAUUUGUCACAUACACGUGUUUAGCAGAUGUUAUUGCGGGUGUAGCGAAAUGCUUGUGCUUCUAGCUCCGACAGUGCAGUAAUAUCUAACAAGUAAUAUCUAACAAUUUCACAACAUAUACCCAAUACACACAAAACUAGUAAGGAAUGGAAUUUUAAAAAAUAUACAUAAAUGGACAAGCAAUGACCGAGCGGCAUGGACUAAGAUACAGUAGAAUAUUAUAGAAUAGAAUGCAGUAUAUACAUAUGAGAUGAGUAGUGCAAGAUAUCUAAACAUUAUUAAAGUGACUGUAAACAUUAUUAAAGUGACUAGUGUUCCAUUUCUUAAAGUGGCCAGUGAUUUCAAUAGGCAGCAGCAGCAGCCUCUAAUGUGCUAGUGAUGGCUAUUUAACAUUCUGAUGGCCUUGAGAUAGAAGCUGUUUUUCAUUCUCUCGGUCCCAGCUUUGAUGCACCUGUACUGACCUCGCCUUCUAGAUGAUAGUGGGGUGAACAGGCAGUGGCUCAGGUGGUUGAUGUCCUUUAUGAUCUUUUUGGCCUUCCUGUGACAUCGGGUACUGUAUGUGUCUUGGAGGGCGGGUAGUUUGCCCACGAUAAUGCGUUCGGCAGACCACACCACCCUCUGGAGAACCCUGCGGUUGCGGGCGGUGCAGUUGCCAUACCAGGUGGUGAUACAGCCCGACAGGAUGCUCUCAACUGUGCAUCUGUAAAAGUUUGUGAGGGUUUUAGGUGCCAAGCCAAAUUUCUUCAGCCUCCUGAGGUUGAAGAGGCUCUGUUGUGCCUUCUUCACAACACUGUCUGCGUGGGUGGACCAUUUCAGUUUGUCGGUGAUGUGUACGCCAAGGAACUUUAAGGUUUCCACCUUCUCCACUGCGAUCCCGUCGAUGUGGAUAGGGGGGUGCACCCUCUACUGUUUCCUGAAGUCCACGAUCAUCUCCUUUGUUUUGUUGACGUUGAGUGAGAGGUUAUUUUCCUGGCACCACACUCCCAGAGCCCUCACCUCCUCCCUGUAGGCGGUCUCGUCAUUGUUUGGGAAUCAAGCCUACUACUGUUGUGUCGUCUGCAAACUUGAUGAUUGAGUUGGAGGCAUGCUUGGCCACGCAGUCAUGUGUGAACAGGGAGUACAGGAGGGGGCUGAACACGCACCCUUGUGGGGCCCCAGUGUUGAGGAUCAGCGAAGUGGAGAUGUUGUUUCCUACCUUCACCACCUGGGGGCGGCCCGUCAGGAAGUCCAGGACCCAGUUGCACAGGGCGGGGUUCAGACCCAGGGCCCCGAGCUUAAUGAUGAGCUUGGAGGGUACUAUGGUGUUGAAUGCUGAGCUAUAGUCAAUUAACAGCAUUCUUACAUAGGUAUUCCUCUUGUCCAGAUGGGAUAGGGCAGUGUGAUGGCGAUUGCAUCGUCUGUGGAUCUAUUGGGGCGGUAAGCAAAUUGAAGUGGGUCUAGGGUGACAGGUAAGGAAGAGGUGAUAUGAUCCUUGAUUAGUCUCUCAAAGCACUUCAUAAUGACAGAGAUGAGUGCUACAGGGCGAUAGUCAUUUAGUUCAGUUACCUUUGCUUUCUUGGGUACAGGAACAAUGGUGGCCAUCUUGAAGCAUGUGGGAACAGCAGACUGAGAAAGGGAGAGAGUGAAUAUGUCCAUAAACACACCAGCCAGCUGGUCUGCGCAUGCUAUGAGGACGCAGCUAUGGAUGCCGUCUGGGCCGGCAGCCUUGCGGGGGUUAACAUGCUUAAAUGUCUAAAUCACGUCGGCCACGGAGAAGGAGAGGCCACAGUCCUUGGUAGUGGGCCUCGUCAGUGGCACUGUGUUAUCCUCAAAGCGGGCGAAGAAGGUGUUUAGCUUGUCUGGAAGCGAGACGUCGGUGUCGGCGACGUGGCUGGUUUUCUUUUUGUAGUCCGUGAUUGUCUGUAGACCCUGCCACAUACGUCUCGUGUCUGAGCCGUUGAAUUGCGACUCCACUUUGUCUCUAUACUGAUGUUUUGCCAGUUUAAUUGCCUUGCGGAGUGAGUAGCUACACUGUUUGUAUUCUGCCAUAUUCCCAGUCACCUUGCCAUGGUUGAAUGCGGUGGUUCGCGCUUUCAGAUUGGCGCGAAUGCUUCAAUCUAUCCACAGUUUCUGGUUAGUGUAGGUUUUAAUAGUCACAGUGGGCACAACAUCACCUAUACACUUCCUGAUAAACUCAGUCACCGUUUCAGUGUAUUCGUCUAAAUUAUUUUCGGAAGCUACCCAGAACAUAUCCCAGUCCGCGUGAUCAGAACAAUCUUGAAGCAUGGAUUCCGAUUGGUCAGACCAGCGUUGAAUAGUCUUUAGCACGGGUAUUUCCUGUUUGAGUUCUGCCUAUAGGAAGGGAGGAGCAAAAUUGAGUUGUGGUCAGAUUUGCCUGAAAGGAGGGCGGGGGAGGGCCUUAUAACCAUCCCGGAAGUUCGAAUAGCAAUGGUCAAGGAUUUUGGCAGCACGAGUACAGCAGUCGAUAUGUUGAUAGAACUUCGGCAGCCUAGUACUCAAAUUUGCUUUGUUAAAAUCCCCGGCUACAAUAAAUGCAGCCUCAGGAUAUGUGGUUUCCAGUUUGUUCUUAUCCAGUACCGUGUUGUUUUACAUUUUCAGAUUUGAAUUUCAAUACACUUCCUGGAUUGACCGAAUGAAUAACUGAACAGAUCCCGACCCUGGUGCUGUCUGUGUCCUUCCCAGUUUAAGACCCAGAGGUUCUGUUCUGUCUGUCUCUGUAGGUGCAGUGUAAAGCCGUGGUGUGUCCCACCCAGUUUAAGACCCAGAGGUUCUGUUCUGUCUGUCUCUGUAGGUGCAGUGUAAAGCCGUGGUGUGUCCCACCCAGUUUAAGACCCAGAGGUUCUGUUCUGUCUGUCUCUGUAGGUGCAGUGUAAAGCCGUGGUGUGUCCCACCCAGUUUAAGACCCAGAGGUUCUGUGACAUGCUGAGACAGAUCUGCCCAGAGAUGGACACAGCAGAGUCAGGGGUCUUUAGGAGCUCCAGGUCUGUUAAUAUUGUACUAUUGCACCAUGAGUGAAUCAACAGACCGGUAUGUUAAUGUUGUACUACUGCACCAUGAGUGAAUCAACAGACCGGUAUGUUAAUGUUGUACUACUGCACCAUGAGUGAAUCAACAGACCGGUAUGUUAAUGUUGUACUACUGCACCAUGAGUGAAUCAACAGACAUAUUGUAUUACUGCACCAUGAAGUAAACAAGUAACUAGCAGGAUACUAAUAAUCAUAGAUACAGAACCCUGAACGUAUAUGUGGUCUGUGGCUAACAUACUUAUAGCCAUAGUAGAGAUCCUAUUAAAUUACUGGAAGGGGUAUGUCAUGAACCCUCAAAGUUCCAGAAUGGUAUGAUAAUGGCAGCCAUUUUGGUCAGGGAUAAAUCCAAGCCAGUCUAAUUGGAAUGAAUGGCAGUAGAGGCAUAGGGGAUGCACUUCCUGCUUUUACUGAUGCAGGGACAUAAAAAUAAGUCAUGUGAUACUGUAUAUCACAAAUGGUGUAAUAUAAUUAUUGGCUCAUGUAAAACACAGUAAAAGGUAUACACUGGAAUUAUACUGAAUUGACUCUGAAUAAGAAAUGUUACCACUGGUGGAUGUCUAUGUACCUGUAACUGUAAAUGGAACCAACCUCAUUGCCUGUGUAUGGUGAUGAUGACAGACAGCAGACAGACAGGGACAGUAGAGGCCCUAAUGAAGGUUGUUACUGUAAUAUUACUGUAAUGUAACUGUCAUUGUGUUCCUGUAAUGUUAGCCUACUGUGAUCCUCCUGCCAGGCUACCAGACCUGUGUAUGGUGAUAGUGUCAGACAGCAGACAGACAGGGACUGUACAUGUAGAGGACGUGAUGCAGGCUGGAAGCAGACAGCACCACCAGGAGCUGCAGGACCUGCAGACCAAACUGUCCUUCGACGAUCCCAUCAACAUACAGUUCACGUCCGUAGGUAUCCUGUUGAAAAGAAGAAGAAUAUUGUCAAUUUAUUUGCAGAGAAUGGAAAUGUGUCUUUUGUCUUUGAACCCAAAACUCAGAGAGACACACACACACACACACCAAGAGGUUGGUUGCAGUGCAACGCCCCUGGAGCAGUAAUACUGCAAACAUUGUUUCAACCAUCUACAUAGACACAGACCACAGACUGGAAUUACCCUAUAUACCUACACACAGAAACCAUCAACAGGUAUUCAUUGUUUCUUCCUGGUCUCACUGAUGUCUGUAUGUUUGUCCCUAGGGAACAACAGGAAGUCCUAAAGGUGCCACCCUUUCCCACCACAACAUCGUCAACAACGCCUAUUUUGUGGGUCUACGUCUGGGAUAUAACUGGAGGGUCAGUGGAGACAUAAUAAUAUUAUUCUCUGGCCUCUCGUCCUAUCUCUUCUCUGGCUCUCUGUCUCUAUCUCUCUCUCUCUGCUCUCGCUUGUCUUCUCUCUCUGUCUCUCUAUGUCUAUCUUCUAUCUCUCUGGCUCUCUCUGUUCUAUCUCUCCUCUCUGGCUUCUCUGUAUUCUGUCUCUUGUCUCUCUCUCUCUCUCUUCUCUCUCUCUCUCUGUCUCUCUCUCUUGGUGGUCUCUCUCUCUCUCUAUCUCUCUAUCUUCUCUGGUCUCUCUACUCUCUUCUCUCUCUCUUCUCUCUCUUCUCUCUAUCUCUCUCCUCUCUCUCUCUCUCUCUUCUUUCUCUCCUCUCUCUCUCACACUCUCACUCUUUCUCUCUGUUCCUUGUUUAACUUCUGCUCUGUCUGCUCCCCCCCCAGCCUAUAAGAGCAUGUGUUCCUGUACCUCUGUACCACUGCAUAGGCUCAGUGAUAGGAGGGAUGUGUAUGGCACUGCAUGGCAUCACCCUGAUCUUCCCCUCUGCUGGGUACGACAGCCGUGCCAACCUGGAGGCCAUUCAGAAUGAAAGGUAGGUCUUAUACCCUGAGACCAGCCUAGAGGCUAUUCAGAAUGAAAAGUAGGUCUUAUACCCUGAGACCAGCUAGAUCUAUUUAGAAUGAAAGGUAGGUCUUAUACCCUGAGACAGCUAGAGGCUAUUUAGAAUGAAAGGUAGGUCUUUAUACCCUGAGACCAGCCUAGAGGCUAUUUAGAAUGAAAGGUAGGUCUUAUACCCUGAGAUCAGCCUAGAGGCUAUUUAGAAUGAAAGGUAGGUCUUAUACCCUGAGACCAGCCUAGAGGCUAUUUAGAAUGAAAGGUAGGUCUUAUACCCUGAGACCAGCCUAGAGGCUAUUUAGAAUGAAAGGUAGGUCUUAUACCCUGAGACCAGCCUAGAGGCUAUUUAGAAUGAAAGGUAGGUCUUAUACCCUGAGACCAGCCUAGAGGCUAUUUAGAAUGAAAGGUAGGUCUUAUACCCUGAGACCAGCCUCGAGGCUAUUUAGAAUGAAAGGUAGGUCUUAUACCCUAAGGCCCGACCCUUAGGUCAGUGGUUCCCAAACUGUGGGGGGCGCUAGUGGUCAGCAGCUUUCAACUUACUCCUGAAAGUUGUAAUAAUAGAAUUCACAAGGUGACAUUUCUAAAUUGGGUAAUGCAUCAUCAGUUAUCCUCUUAUCAUGGCAGUCAUUAGUUUCCAUCCAAUUGGCCGUAGAUUUUCAUGCAAAUAUUCACAAAUCUGCAUAAAGAAAUUAUGCGUAUUUUCCCACCAGUGGUGUGCCUCCCACUAUCGGUAGAGUUGAAAAUGCGAUGGAAAGGCAUUGAACUAUAGAUUUAGAUUUGGAACAUGAAAAAGUAAAUGUUGUGUGCACUAUGUCAUCACACACUGAUGACAUAGUCAUCAAUGCUGGAAGGGGGGCAAGAGUGAAACAGUUUAUGAACCCCUUCCUUAGGUGACGUACACAUCCUGGAGACUUACAAUAGAGAUACUUCAUGUCAGUCUGUUGUAAUAAGAAGAAUUGAAAUAGCUGCCACUGAGCACAUUGAGAAUGAACCUCUAUAGUACACUAAAUACCUCAUUCUAUGUUCUCUGUUUCAGGUGCAAUUUCCUCUACGGCACUCCUACCAUGUACAUUGACAUGCUUGGACAGCCUGACCUUCACAAGUACGACCUGUCAUCAGUUGAAUCUGGUGAGAGAUUUGAAAGUUUAUGUUUGUGUAGAAUGUUGUUAGUUGGCUGGCUGGAAAUGAACUUCAUUGCUCUGGUAAAGUUAAAGCUUAAAGCAGUUGCUACAUCCAUUUUUGGACUUAUAAAUUAAUGAAAUGAAGCCAUUGAUUCUUGAAGAAUAUAACUUAUAAAUGCCUCUUGAGCUUAGUUCAACUGUUGUACCCCAUCAGAACCCAAAUACAAGCUUGUUUUACUACAAUGUUUGUAAACAAUGUACAUGUAAACACUGAAAAAGUUAGUGGCACCAGGGGAAAAUGUUAGUCAGGAGCCCUGUUUUAACCAUGUUUUGAGGCUAUAAUGUAUAGCCUUUUGAGGGGCUCCAGACUAACAUUUUCAGUUGGUGGCACCAGUCCAUGAUUUGGUUGCACCAACAUUUUGUCACGCAAUAGAACGAUUUUAUAAUCAUCUUAUGAAGUCAUUCAGUGGUCCUCUGUAGCUCAGCUGGUAGAGCACGGCGCUUGUAACGCCAAGGUAGUGGGUUCGAUAACGCCAAGGUAGUGGGAUAACAAGCCUCGUCCCCCUUGGUUACUGUUGCAACCUCGAACAACAUUUUCCAGAGAAGGCCAAUUCCCCAUUCAACCACUGGCGAAAUCCUCUCACAAUGGUUUCAAACUAAUACACAAUGAAAUUAAACACAGACUACCCCUUGCUAAUCAGGAAACUCUCUGGUAUGUUGUGAUUGACUGUCAUUACAAAUGAUUCACAGGAACCUGGUCAAAUUAUGUUUGUAGUGUGGCUAGCCACUGAAUGGCUCUGAAUUCACUGUCAGUAUGCAGUCAGCUACUAACCACUUUAGGAGCAACUAGGGUUCUCAAAUCAUAUCCUGAUGUCGACAGCAGAUAGGAGUUGUAGUCAUAACAUGGCUAACUUAGCUAGCUAACAUACAUUUAGAGAAAACAAGCUAUAUUAAGUGGCUAGCUAGCGUUAGCAACGUUUGGUGGUCAAUGAGACUGAGAGAUAGCUAACCAGCUGAGCUAGCAAACAAUGUAACAAAAGUAUAAUUUCGAAAGAUACUUCAACAGGCUCUGCAUUUCAGGAAUCACAGUAGCAAGUACUCCUGGUGCACUGUUAAAUUAUUUAACCAUUGUUUUUUUCGCACUGCCGUCACUGGCUUUCAUGUAAUUCAAACGUGAGCUUGUCAGAGGUGUCGAACUCGACGACAGUUGCUAUCCAUUGGAACGCUGCAAUUGGUUGCCCAAAAUUAUUGGGCGAGGCUUAACGAAGGGUCAAUUAGCUUAUUGUUGAUAUAUAGUUUUCUACUGUCAAAAUAGAGCUCUGGAAUGUUCCUAUUUGUUUUGCUCAAUAGAGAUCCAUUGUCCUACAUGUUUGUGUGCACUAGCCAAUAGGCUAAUUCAUUUGGGGCUAGAUCGCUAACUGUAAAUAUUGCUGAUGGUUAGCCGCGUAAUUGAUUAAUCGCAGUAAAUUGAAUGCCCUAAAACAUUCCAGUGGUAGUCUACUAGGACUCAGCGCCAACGUGCACCUCGCGCGCUCUGCAUCUCAAAGACAUAUCAGAAACGUUGUUUUUUUAAACAGUGCCUAUCGCUCAAUAUUGAGAAUUUAGAAAUAGUUUUCAUACCCCCAGAAAGCUGAGACCCUUCCCGUCUUCAACUAACAACAGCAUGUUUUAAAAACUGUGUUUUUCCCGCAAUUUUUCUCUCCCUCUAAAUAGAGCGCACAGUUGGAAGGAGAGAGAGUGGCUGGCUCAUCACAGCAGUUGUUCCUGGCAAAACAGGCACUGUCAUUGGCGGGCAUUUUCAUGGCAGGAAUCAAUGCACUUUACUUUAGGUGUACUGCUUGACCAAAUCAUGGUUUUAGCUGCCCCAAAGAAUAAGACAUUUUGAGUGAGCUGACCAGCUAGAAUUUGCAGCUGGCACUGAUGCAACCGUUUUAGUUUUUUUACUUGCACAGCCAAAUCAAAGGGUUGCAAAAGCCCUGUUAAAACAAUCAUUUUUAUAUAAUGGAUUGUCAUCCUUGCAUCCAGAGCUCUUUCUAUGAAUUUGAGAGUGGUUACAUGUCUCCGCCCCCAUCCCUCAGCUUUUUACCAAAACAGUGGCGGGGUGUCCAUUAUGUUAUUUUUCAACUGCAGAUUGCCCCUUUAAUAGUAGUAUAAAGUAUUAGUAUAGUAGUAAAGAAAUAGUAUUUGUUCCCAGGAAGGAUGAUGGUGAUUUCUGUUCCAGGGUUUACGGGUGGGUCUCUUUGUCCUCCUGAAGUCAUGAGGAAGCUAAAAACUGAUAUGAAUGUCAAGGAUAUGAUAGUAAGUUCUUCCCAUCUCUUUCUCUGUGUGUGUGUGUACAAUAUACUUUAUAAUCUGUAUGGGGUAACACUGUUCCCUUGUUAACAUCAGAUAGGCUAUGGGACCACAGAGAACAGCCCUGCGGCGUUCCUUGGUUUCCCGCGAGACAACGAGGAACUGAAGACAGAGACAGUAGGAUGUAUCCUGAACCACACUGAGGUAUCAACCCUUUAACUGACACCAGACAUGUACCUAAUGUGUGUGUGUGAGAACAAGGGAGAGAGAGAGAGACAGAGAGAGAGAGAGUAAUGUGUCUAAUGUCAGGGACCUAAUUUAUCAACAUAUGAAUAACGUUUAUAUUUAUUAUUAUUUCAAACAUAAAUGAAACCCUACCUGUGUCUUCUCCUGGCCAGGCGAAGGUGGUGGAUGUGUCCUCUGGAGAGCUGGUUCCUCUGGGGGAGACAGGAGAGCUGCUGAUCAGAGCUUACUCUGUCAUGCUGGAGUACUGGGACGACCCAGACAAGACCAGGGAGGCGAUCACCAAGGACCGCUGGUACAGGACCGGGUAAGAGAUGAGAGAUUCAGGGACCUAGAGAGAGACCCAGACAGAGACACCUGACAGGGAACCCCAGGCAGAGACCCAGACAGAGACACCUGACAGGGAACCCCAGACAGAGACCCAGACAGAGACACCUGACGGAACCCCAGACAGAGACCCAGACAGGGAACCCCAGACAGAGACCCAGACAGAGACACCUGACGGAACCCCAGACAGAGACCCAGACAGGGACCCCAUGACCGGGAACCCCACUGACAGGGAACCCAGACAGAAGACCGGACAGGAACCCCGGACCAGAGACCCAGACAGAGACACCUGACAGGGAACCCCAGAACAGAGAACCCUGACAGGGACCCAAGGACAGGGUACACCUGCACAGGGAGACCCAAGACAGAGAACCCAGACCCCUGACAGGGAACCCCAGCCAGAGACCACCUGACAGGGACACCCAAGACAGCGACCCCAGGACAGCAGACACCUGGACGGGGAACCCCAGCCAGAGGACCCAGACAGAGACACCUGACAGGGGAAACAACCAGGACCAGGACGAGACCACAUGACAGGGGACCCCGACAGACAACCUGACGGGAAACCCCAGGACAGAGACCCAGACAGAGGACACCUGACAGGGAACCCCAGACAGAGACCCAGACAGAGACACCUGACAGGGAACCCAAGACAGGAACCCAGAACAGGACACACUGACAGGGAACCCCAGACAGGACCCAGACAGAGACACCUGACAGGGAACCCCAGACAGACAGAGACCCUGACAGGGAACCCCAGACAGAGACACCUGACAGGGAACCCCAGACAGAGACCCAGACAGAGACACCUGACAGGGACCCCAGACAGAGACACCUGACAGGGAACCCCAGACAGAGACCCAGACCCCGGACAGAGACCCAGACAGAGACACCUGACAGGGAACCCCAGACAGAGACCCAGACAGAGACACCUGACAGGGAACCCCAGACAGAGACCCAGACAGAGACACCUGACAGGGAAGACAGAGACACCUGACAGGGAACCCCAGACAGAGACCCAGACCCCGGACAGAGAUGGCCACAAGAUAAAAAGUGAGACCGAACGUCAACUGUGAAUGUCUCUCCACAGUGAUAUAGCCAGUCUGGACAGGUUUGGGUACUGCCGUAUAGUGGGACGUAUAAAGGACAUGAUCAUACGUGGAGGAGAGAACAUCUACCCUGCUGAGAUAGAGCAGUUCCUUCACACCCAUCCCAAAGUACAGGAGGCCCAGGUGAGAUCCACACCCAUCUCAAAGUACAGGAGGCCCAGGACUCAGCACCACUAGAGGGCAGCAGAGAAUAGGACAACACCACAGUAACACCAUACAACCAAGUUACACAAAUCUAUCUAGGAAAUGUUAGUACCAAACCCAUAUUGCCAGAACCUUUCAUUUCAUGUCUUCAUUUCUCAAUACUCCUAUCACCAUAUGAUAGCCAACAGUAGGUAUGAUUGGAACAGUUUUCUGAUUGUAGUAUAUCCAAAUCCAUACACAAAAAAAAAAAACUGUAUGCACGCAUGACUGUAAGUCGCUUUGGAUAAAAGCAUCUGCUAAAUGGCAUAUGUGGUCCUCUGUAGCUCAGCUGGUAGAGCACGGCGCUUGUAACGCCAAGGUAGUGGGUUCGAUCCCCGGGACCACCCAUACACAAAAAAAAAAAUUUAUGCACGCAUGACUGUAUGUCGCUUUGGAUAAAAGCGUCUGCUAAAUGGCAUAUUAUUAUUAUUAUUAUUAUUAUUAUAUCCAAGUGUUUAUUUUCUCUCCCUGUCCCGUCCACCUCUCUUUCUCCCCAGGUGAUAGGUGUGAGAGAUGAGAGGAUGGGGGAACAGGUGUGUGCCUGUAUCAGACUGAAGGAGGGGCAGGACUGUAGCAGAGAGGAGAUCAGAGACUUCUGCAAGGGACAGGUGACAUAGAAAGAAACAGAUCACCUGGGGAUUGAACACGGAUCUCCUGCAAGCCAGAAGAUGGUUAUCCCACUGAGUUAAAGUUGUUUUAACUAGAUGGUUAUCCCACUGAGUUUAAGUCAUUUUAACUAGUCUUUAGGUCAGUCCAUCAUUGCCAAGCAUCGGCAAUAUGUCUUAUGUGAACGAGAAGAGUAACUUUUUAUACUUUUUCCAGAUUUCUCACUUCAAGAUCCCACACUAUGUUGUGUUUGUGGACAGCUAUCCACUGACUGCCUCUGGAAAGGUAGGAUGGCUUUAUGACAGCAUAAAAAAUCAGGUUAUCCAGGUUAUUGAUAUUAACACCAGCACAGACUACUGUGGUGAUCACCUCUGUGCUUUUCCUUUCCUAGAUCCAGAAGAUCAAACUGAGGGAGGUGAUGGAGAAGAAGCUGGGCCUGUGAUGGACAGAGGGACCU